AGGUCAUGAAGAAGUAUACCGAAACGACGAAAAAUGUCCAUUUUAAACGUUCACGCCUAUUUGCAAAUCUUCAUGAAUUUCAUCGUUUUAUCUAACUGUUAUAAAUCAAGGCUGAUGUUAUGUACAAUAUCAGUAAGGCAUAUAGGAUCAAAUGGGACGUCGCUAUUGUCAGUAAGCAUGAAGAUUUCACAAAGAGUACUUUUCCAAGCUUGAAUAAGAUUGGCUUCUUUGAUGUAUAUCAAUGUGACGAUUUCUUAAAAUUUGUCAUUAACUCGUAGGCGGUCAAUCUUGAAAAAACUAUUUGAAAAGUUAAUAGAAAAAAAAGAAAAAAUAAAAAGAAAGUGUUCGGUGAAAGUCACAUAUAAGUCUAAUAUAUUUGUUCGUUCUUCGGUGAUUCAAUAGAGUCAACAAAAAUCUAUACGAUGGAUAAUAAUGUAACAUCCACUCUAAUCGAUCACAAAUUGGAAUACCUCACUUUUGGAUGGACCGAUUAUAUGCUGUUCGUUUCUUUAUUAGGUGUGAGCAUAAUCAUUGGCGUUUAUUUCGGUUUCUUCAAAAAGCAAGACAAUACCACCGAGUAUUUACUUGGUGGCAAAACUAUGUCUUUUUUUCCAAUCAGCAUGAGUUUAAUCGCGAGUCACAUAUCCGGUGUAUCGUUGCUUGGCGUGCCCUCGGAGGUAUAUCAAUAUGGCAGCCAAUACGCAGCGUGCAUUUUCACGUCCUUCAUAACUUGCACAAUCAUCGCUUACAUCUAUUUACCAGUUUUCUUUAAAUUACAAUUGACUAGUAUAUUUGAAUAUUUAGAGAUUAGAUUUGCACGACCGGUACGAUUGCUUGCAUCCUUUUUGUAUUGCUUGUCUCUCAUUAUCUAUAUUCCCUUGAUCAUUUAUGUUCCCGCCUUAGCAUUUUCUCAAGCAACCGCGAUCAAUUUACAUUUGAUUGCUCCUGUAAUUUGCAUCGUAUGCAUCUUUUACACGACUAUAGGUGGCUUGAAAGCGGUCGUAUGGGCGGAUACGGUUCAAAUGACAGUAACCGUAGGAAGCCUGUUUGCUGUCCUCGUAUUAGGGAUUAGAUCCGUGGGCGGUGUUACUGAAAUUUGGAAAAUAGCGGACGAAGGUGGUAGGAUUGUAUUUUGGAACAUGGAUCCGAGUCUCUUCACUAGAAAUAGUUUAUGGGGUAUGUCGAUAGGCAUGACCAUGACAUGGCUUUCUGGUAUUGGUAUCAGUCAGGUUUCCAUGCAAAGAUUCUUGGCAGUACCAACGAUCACAGAAGCACGAAAAUCAAUAGCAUUUAUGGCAGUUGGUAUGAUAAUAAUAAAAUGGGUUUCGGUAUUCACUGGGCUUAUUAUGUACGCUAAGUAUUACAAAUGUGAUCCAAUAACAGCACAUGUAGUCGCAAGGAGCGAUCAAAUACUACCAUAUUAUGUUUUGGACGUAGCCGCUAACGCUCCAGGUCUUCCUGGUCUUUUUCUUGCUGGUCUAGUUAGUGCUGGACUUGCUACCAUGAGUGGUGGAUUAAACACUACGGCGGGCACAAUAUACGAGGAUUUCAUUGAUCCUUGGAUGGCCGAUACUCCUGAGAAGGAGAAAAAAGCAGCUAUGAUCAUGAAGGUCACCGUAGUUAUCCUAGGCAUUAUUUGUGUGGCCAUGGUUUUCAUAGUCGAUCGUCUUGGUGAUAUAUUUCAAGUGUCUAUGAGUCUGACCGGGAUUACGGCUGGCUCGAUGUUGGGUCUCUUCAGUUUGGGCAUGUUGGUACCAUGGGCAACGACAAAAGGCGCUGUAGUUGGUGGUAUAGUCUCUAUGGCCUUAAUGGUAUGGAUCAUUGGUGGUGCCCAAUGGAACAUGGCUCUUAAAAGAUUCAUUUAUAAGCCGUUGCCAGCUUCGACUGCCGGAUGUUUCCUUGGAAAUGAAACUUCAAACAAUCGUACCACAAUAUCGCCAAUUAAUUUAUCUGGACCUGACGUUGAGUACGAGCCUUUCAUUAUUUACACGAUUUCCUUUAUGUACUAUACCGCAAUCGGUUGUUUGAUUGUAAUGGUGAUUGGUACGAUCGUAAGCUUCCUUUGUGGAGCACCAGAUCUUAUCGAUGUUAAUAAAGAUCAUUUUCCACCGAUCAUUCGAAGAUUUCUACCACGCAAAAAAUAUACAGAAGUGUCAUUGCAUUCGGUACCAACUUCACUGAUGAAUGAAAAAAGUGAAUUAAUGUCUUAAAAGGAUUUCGUAAGUUUUCUUGUUUCGUAAGUGCGGAGAAAUAAUAUAGGGGGAGGAGGAAGGGAUGAGGGUGGGGAGAACUUCGAAGUCUACGAUAAUGAAAAUCUCGAAAGAUUAGGAUCAUCCAUCGCAGGAUAUUCGACGAAGAAACGAAAAGACUUUUCUUGCUUUUUUUCUUUUCUUUCCUUUAGCUGUUCCUUCAUUCUCAUUCUCUCUUUCUCUCCUAUUCUUUUUUCUUUCUCUCUCUCUCUCCCUCUCUCUCUCUCUCUCUAUCUCUCUUUUAGAGAUCUUUGUAUCUUGGUUAUAGCUCGACAGACCAGUCGCGAGUUUGCCUGACAACUGUACCUAACUGGUCCCUCCAGGGUUGAAAGCACCCAUUAGGUCCUCGAUGAGGGUGUCAAAUUGACUAGAUUAUAUAUCUCUCCCGUGCAUCUCAAUACAAACAAACCUCCCAAACAUCUGUAGGAACGAUUUCUAUCGGAUUAGAACGAAUGUAAAUGCAGUGCACGCCGAGAGGCAAUCGUCGAGUCGCUUUUUAAUCUGCACGUUGAUGAAUGAGUCGAUAGAAAAAACAUUUUUCAUUAUGUCUGUAUAUGCGUUUAACGUAUUUAAGUUAGUACGUCAUACGCACAUACGCACGUAUGUGUGCGCGUGCGUUUAUUGUGUGUGUGUGUGUGUGUGUUCUCGCGUGCGUUCAUAAGAAAAAGAAAUAAAGAAAGAAAUUUGUAAAGAAUUAAAACAGUUCAAAUAUAUAUGAAAAUGUAUUAUUCGAACGUCGAUGAUUGUAUUUAAAAAGUCAAAAUAAUCAAAUAAGUAA